GCCCAUCUCUCUCCAGCCACCUACCACCCCUGCAGGCGGCCAUGGAGUUGCCACCCUUCGACAUGUGGAAGGACUACUUCAACCUGAGCCAGGUAGUGUCGGCCCUGAUCCAGAGUCCGGGACAAGUGCAGGAGGCCCCAGGGACUGGGGAGCUAAGCCCUGGGGAGCUGAGCCCUGGGGAGCCGAGCACUGAGGAGCCGAGACCUGGGGAGCUGAGCUCUGAGGAGCCGAGACUUGGGCAGCUGAGAUCUGGGAAGCCGAGACAUGGGAAGCUGAAACCUGGGGAGCCGAGACCUGAGGCCCAGCAAGAGCAGGGACCGGGAGGGCGGGGCCCUAGUGAGGCCCUGGCCACCCUCUGCAACUUCUGCAAGCACAAUGGGGAGUCUCGCCGCGUGUACACCUCGCACCGGCUGAAGACCCCGGGGGGUGUGGUGGUGUGUCCCAUCCUGCGGCACUACGUGUGUCCCCUGUGCGGGGCCACGGGUGACCAGGCCCACACGCUCAAGUACUGCUCGCUCAACGGGGGCUAUCAGUCUCUCUACCGCCGCAGUGGGCGCAAUUCGGCCGGCCGCAAGGUCAACUGCUGAGGACCAUGAGGUGCUCAGCCCCCGCACCCCCAGCCCUCCUGGUUCAGUCCUACCAAGUCCCUGGGCUCACCCACCUCCCAUGGACUCACCCAGCCCUUUGGAAUGUCUGACCUUCAGAGCUCCAUCCCUGCUGGAUCC